CUUUGAUAUGUGAUUUAUGGGUCGUAAUCACUCUAUAAUUGUUGAAGGAUUAAAACAGUAUCAACAGCUGAUAAUUUUAUGUGUUCACAUUAACAUACUGAAUAAUUUUGAUGAGAAUGUCGAGGUCCUGUGCAAGUGCAUAGCAGCAGGAUUCUUCUCAAAUGCAGCCCGCUUCCAUCCGAGUGGAGCCUACAGCACUAUCCGGGAUGACCACCCCCUGCAUAUACAUCCAACCUCUGUGCUCUUUACUGAACAACCACCUAAAUGGGUGGUGUUCAAUGAAGUGGUGCAGACAACAAAGGACUUUAUGCGAGACGUGACCGUCAUCAACCCAGACUGGCUGUGCGAACUUGCUCCAGAAUUCUACCAGUUCGGAACGGAGCGAGAAGUGGCAGCAGCAAAGCGGUCAAAACUCGCAGUGGACAGCUGAAGUAGAGAGCGGACGAGUUACACUAGUGGACAGAUGAAAGACAGAGCGGACUGAGUUACAGUGUUAUGUGGUUUGACAGUUAUAGCAAGACAACACAUACCUAACACUGAAAUUGAUGCAUGAAUAUGUACUGUUAAAAGUAAAUAUGAGCCACACUAUGAAAAAAAACCCAGCUUAACCCUUUGCAUGCUGGGAAAUUUGUCGUCUGCUAAAAUGUCUUCUGCAGAAUUUUUAAAAUUAGCAUUUUCUUCGAUUUUUUUCAAAGAAUACUAUCAGAGUAGCAAACUGUUUUGAUCCUGAUGAGACGCCACGUUCUGUGGCGUCUCAUCUGGAUCCAAACUGUUUGCAAAGGCCUUCAAAAUUCGGUUCCCGCACUGAAAGGGUUAAAGUAAUGUCUUAGAUUAGUAAGUGCAGUCUAUACAUGCUUAUUAGGGAGGACACUUUCGUUUCUAUGGAAUUUAUGUUUAAAGUAAAUCUCUUAAAAAAUGAAAAUAUAGUUUAGGCGAAGUGUUGCCACUGAUUAGACUGAGCGGAAUGUGCUUCAGUAAACAGUUCAGUUAACAUUUUCUGAAUGAAAGAUGAUGAGUUCUGAUCUAAAGAGUAAAUGUCCUUAUGAUUGACAUAUAUAAAACAUAUGAACCUCCAAUAAGCAUGAAAUAACUAGAGAUAUUUUUCUAAUAUAUGAAAUUUAUCUUAGGAGUCAUGUAGAUUUUGGCGGAGACUUUCUUAUUAUGAUCGCUAGUGGCUGAUACGGCUGGUGAUUAUUUGAAUGAUUGAAGGUGAACAUGAACAUUCUUUAAGCAACUCUGUUAUUUCCAAAUAUAGGGCCAAGCCCUACUGUCUGUGCUCUAGUAUCAAAUGUACGGUAAUUAAUUGAAUAUAACACUUAUAAGACGAAUAUUGUUUGUGAUUUUAUUUACAAUUAGUGGUUAUUAAUGAAUGAUGUUGAAUACUUUGUUUAAAAACAGAUGUCUAGAUUAAACAGUAUUUUCCAACUUUGAA